AAAAUCACAAGCAUUUUACGUUCCUCAUGAUCCUACAUACCGUACUGGGACACACGUUCCAGUUUUCGUCCAAACUCACAGAAACGUCAACAUUUGUAUUUUGUUACGUAAACAGCUAAUUACACCACUCAUAUUUAACCAAAACAUUUCCCAAAAUCGAUACAGAUUUAUAUUCGCAAAAUAAUGGCAAACAAGGACCGAAACAAAACGAUUUUGCUGGAAUUGGGGAAACUGCCAGAAAACAAUCAAUGCGCAGACUGUGGCGCGCCGGAUCCUGACUGGGCGUCCUAUAAGCUGGGUGUGUUUGUGUGUCUGAACUGCUCUGGAGUGCACCGCAACCUGUCCAACAUCAGCCGCGUCAAAUCCAUACGGCUCGACUUCUGGGAUGACGAGCUAGUGAAGUUCAUGAAAACCAAUGGAAAUGCCACAGGCAGAGCCGUCUAUGAGAAAGCAGUCCCAGCAUUCUACUACCGGCCCCAGCAAGAAGACUGUGCCGUCUUAAGGGAGCAGUGGAUAAGAGCAAAAUAUGAGAGGAUGGAAUUUACCGGCGAGACAAAGUAUCCUCCACUGGCCUACACCACAGGUUUCUAUGAAGGGAUGCUGUGGAAGAAGGGGAAGGAGAAGGGACAGUUUCAGAGAAGGAAGUUUGUUCUAUCUGAGAAGGAAUUCACCCUGGCUUACUACAACAAGGAGGAUCCGUCCAAAGGGCCCAAAGCGCUCAUCUCCAUCAAGGACGUGAAUGUGACCUUUCAACCUGAGAAGAUUGGUCACGCCCAUGGUCUACAGAUUACCUACCAGGAAGACAGCCACACCAGAAGUCUUUUUGUCUACCACGAAAGUGGAGAGGAGAUUGUCAACUGGUUCAAUGCCAUUCGAGCUGCUCGCUAUGCCUACCUGAAAACAGCAUACCCCACAGGAAGUGAUAAAGAGUUGAGGACUAGAAUUACCAGAAACUACCUCAAAGAAGGAUACAUGGAGAAGACCGGUCCUAUGCAAAAGGAGACGUUCAAAAAGAGAUGGUUCAUCUUGGACUCCCAAGACAGGAAGCUCCUUUACUUCAAAAGCCAGCUGGAUGCUGAGGAGCUGGGAGUUGUGUUCAUCGGCACAGAGACCAAUGGUUACUCAGUGAGUGAGUGCAUUCCCAAAAGGACCAGAGGCAACAGGUGGAGGUGUGGAGUCACAGUGGAGACGCCGGACCGCCAGUUUGUCUUCAUGUGUGAGCAGGAGAGGGAGCAGAGAGAGUGGGUGGAGGCCCUCAGACAGGUCAUCUCUAAACCCAUGCAGCCCCAGGACUACACCACUGAAGCCAACAUCCGAGGGAAGAGUUGACUUUCGAGAGAGAGCUGACUUCCAAGAGAGAGAUUCCACCAACAUUGGCUGCAAAACCCACUCUGAAGACUAUCAUCUAAACUGAACAAAAAUAUAAACACAACAUGCAACAAUUUCAAAGAUUUUACUGAGUUACAGUUUAUAUAAGGAAAUCAGUCUGUUGAAAUAAAUUAAUUCAGACCUAAUCUAUGGAUUUCACGACUGGGAAUACAAAUAUGCAUCUAUUGGUCACAGAUACAGAAAACCAGUCAGUAUCUGGUGUGACCACCAUUUGCCUGAUGCAGCGUGACACAUCCCCUUCACAAGUUGAUCAGGCUGUUGAUUUUGGCAUGUGGAAUGUUGUCCCACUGCUUUUCAAUAGCUGUGCGAAGUUGCUGGAUACUGGCGGGCACUGGAACAUGCUGUCGAUCUAGAGAAAUCCCAAACAUGCUCAAUUAGUGACUUGGCUGGUGAGUAUGCAGGCCAUGGAAGAACUGGGAUUUUUUUGGAUUCCAGGAAUUGUGUACAUAUCCUUGCAACAUGAGGCCGUCCAUUAUCAUGCUGAAACUUAAGGUGAUGGCGGCGGAUGAAUGGCACGACAAUGGGCCACAGGAUCUCGUCACAGAGUCUCUAUGCAGUCAAAUUGCCAUCGAUAAAAUGCAAUUGUGUUCAUUGUCCAUAGCUUAUGCCAGCCCAAAUCAUAACCACACCGCCACCAUGGGGCACUCUAUUCACAACGUUGACAUCAGCAGUCCGCUGAUACCAUACAUGCUGUCUGCCAUCUGCUCUGUACAGUUGAAACCGGGAUUCAUCCAUGAAGAGCACACUUUUCCAGUGGCCAUCGAAGGUGAGAAUUUUCCCACUGAAGUCGGUUACGAACGCCCAACUGCAGUCAGGUCAAGACCCUGGUGAGGACAACGUGCACGCGGAUGAGCUUCCCUGAGACAGUUUCUGACAGUUUGUGCCGAAAUUCUUCGGUUUUGCAAACCCACAGUUUCAUCACCUGUCCGGGUGGUUGGCCUCAGAUGAUCCCACAGAUGAGGCCGGUCGGAUGUAUUGCCAAAUUCUAUAAAAUGACGUUGAAGGCGGCUUAUGGUAGAGAAAGUAACAUUCAAUUCUCUGGCAACAGCUCUGGUGCUCAUUCCUGCAAUCAGCAUGCCAAUUGCACGCUCCCUCAAAACUUGAGACAUCUGAAAUUCUCAUCAACAGGGAUGUAAACAACUUUGUGCACAAAAUUUGAGAGAAAUAUGUGUUUUGUGCAUCUGGGAAGUUUCUGGGAUCUUUUAUUUCAGCUCAUGGGACCAACACUUUACAUGUUGUGUUUCUAUUUUUGUUCAGUAUAUAAAGAGAACUUCCAGUAUCACUGCAUUGAAUGUAUCCCCUUUACUGACAGCAGGACUCUAAAUAUAUUACUUCUUGGAGGACAAUGUCUAGGACUGUGGGUUGUUUAUGUACAAUGCAGAUACAUGGUUCUACUGGAAUUGUUGAAAAACGAACUGGGGCAGUACUGUCUCACCACAAAUGAUGGACAAACACUAGAUGCCUUGCUCGGCAUGGAAGGUAAAAUUGUUAUUCUCAAACCGUACGUAUUAAAAUGGCAGAGCUGGGUG